GUUAUACUGCUACCAUUAUAAACUGUAAUCGAACAAGUUCCACCGCUACUCAUACAAGUUGAAUGGCUCUCCCGACGAAAGGACGUGUCUUAAUCCACACUACGGCAGGAGAGAUAGAUAUCGAAUUAUGGUCCAAGGAAACCCCGAAAGCUUGUCGGAACUUCAUUGCACUCUCCCUUGAAGGAUACUAUGAUGGUGUAAUUUUCCACAGAGUCGUGCCGGGGUUUCUCGUACAAACGGGUGACAGGACUGGUACAGGUGCUGGUGGAGAGUCAUUUUAUGGAGAACCUUUCGAGGAUGAAAUUCACCCUCGGCUGCGGUUCGCCCACCGUGGUCUCGUGGGCAUGGCAAAUAGCGGAAAGAAGAACACGAACGACUCUCAAUUCUUCAUCACGCUCGAUCGCGCGGACGAAUUACAUGGGAAGCACACACUAUUUGGGAGAGUGGUUGGCGACACGCUCUACAAUGCCCUGAAGAUCGGCGAAAUGGAGCUUGGUGAAAACGAGCGACCGCUAUAUCCUCCGAAGAUCCAGUCCAUCACCAUUAUCGAGAAUCCCUUCCCCGACAUUGUUCCACGUAUUACGGCAGCCGAGAAGCGCGCCCAACGGCGUGCACGCGAAACUGCUCAGAAGGAACGUGAAGAAGCCGAACGCCGUCGAGGUGCUAAAAAGAACGUGAAACUUCUGAGUUUUGCGGAUGACGAAGAAGCAGACCAGGACACGGAACCAGCAGUACGAAAGAAGAAGGAUAUAGCACGGCCUGACUUGAUCGACAAUCCUUCUCUAUCAACGCUCCCGGCUCUGGAUGUACUCCGCCCUCCAUCACCUCCGGCCAAGAAAGCUCCACCUAUAGAACGAGAUGUGUCAUCGAAACCAGAGGCUAUGUCCAAGGAUCGACCGAAGGAGAAAUCAAAACAACAGCCCGACAUUGACGUAACCAAAAUCCGGGAGCAACAUCGCCAUGAAAAGGCAUCUCAGAAGGACGCACAGCGCUCCGAGAUAGAGAAGAUGGAGGCUGAGAUUCGUCGAUUAACGCGCCGGCGGGAAGGCGGCGAUGAUAGUGAAGAGGAGGCCGAACAGCAGAAGAAGAAGAAACCGAAAUCGUAUUUGGAGGAAGAGCUUUCCAAGUAUGCGAAGGGUCGCGGGUUACGGAGGAACGCCAAGGACGGGAGAAAGAAAGAUGAGGGUGGUGUACUGGCCGCUCUAAGUAGCUUCAGAGGGAUGCUGCAGGCUGCAGGACCGGCGAACUCGAACCUGGUCGAGGACGCAGACGGUGAGAAAGGUGAGGAGAAGGUGCCUGCAACGAAAGGUGGAGAGGACUCUGGAAUGGAGGUGGACGAUGAUCGAGGGUUCAUGAGCCACGUUUUGCAAUUCCCAAAAGACGAUGGGGAAGAAUCGAGAAAGGCAGAAAGGGAUUACGAGGUGAUUGACCCACGGCAGCGCAGUGCAAAGGCACGGGAGGAAGAAAGAGAGCGAAAACGAGCGACAAAGAGCAGAAACGGCCCCGGACGAUCAAGACGGUAAUCCAAGACCCAUCAUUAGUCUGUUGUCAGACAUAUACUUGUUCGUCCAAUCUUCGUCCGGUAUGUUAUUUGUAUUCCGUGCAGGAGUGAUUUUCGGAGGAAGUUAGUGCAAAAACUCCACUUUAGUGGCCGGCAUGAAUAUGGGAACGCACUGGUACUUAGAACGUGGUGUUUCUGACUGAUUCCAUCUGCGCCGAACGAUGGUACACUGCGGAAUACGCGCCCGAGAACUACGCAAGUCAGCACCUGCCAAGCUA